CUGUGACUCACAGACGGUACCAUCUACGUCUGAGAAAUAGGGGUGGCUUAUUAUACAGAUCACGAACACGCCGAACAGAUCCCAGAAUAUUUCCACUCAUAUUUACUAGGAAAAACCAUCACUCCCGAACGGCUCAUCCUAUCUCUGGAGGGGUCAGUCUCCUGAUUUCACUAUCUCGUCCCCCCCCCCCCUAUCCCGGGAGAGGCAAUGGUACGGUCUCGCUUUGCAGUAACCUCCAGUGUCCGGAGCUAGCAGGGGCAGAGAGAUCCCCAGCACCAGGGACAGGGAUCCCCAUCAUCCUCCUCAUCUGUCCUGAUCCCCCCCCAUCAUCUGGGCUUGUAGACUUUUGCCAUUGGAGUGAUGUCAUAGAGGAGAUUGUUACCUUCCGGAAAUGAUAUGACGACUGGUUCUUGUGAGCUGGGUACGGAUGUCCAGUGUGUUCUCCUGACUCUACAUUGCCGUAUCACUGGCCAUCAUGCCAUCCUUACCCAAUGAGUCUGAUGCGUCAUCCAGCUUGUCCUUGAGUACAGCUUUGCCGUAUCAGUCUAAUGGCUCUAACAGGAGAAAGAUCCGAAAAAAGAGGAAAAAUGGCGUCAUCACAGCCAACGUGGCUGGAACCAAGUAUGAGAUCGUCCGCACAGUCAUUGAAGAGAUGCAGUUUGUUAAGAGCCGGGAUGAGGAUGAGACGGCGAACCUUAUCUGGAGUGAUUGUGCCGUACAACAUGAGAAAAUCGCUGAGCUCAGGAACUAUCAGAGAAUCAACCAUUUCCCUGGGAUGGGAGAGAUCUGUCGAAAGGACUGCCUUUCUAGAAACAUGACCAAAAUGAUCAAGUGUCAGCCUCAUGAAUACAGCUUUAUUCCCCGCACCUGGAUAUUCCCGGCAGAAUACACUCAGUACCAAAACUACGUCAAAGAAUUAAAGAGGAAAAGGAAGCAGAAAACCUUUAUUAUCAAGCCGGCCAAUGGAGCAAUGGGUCAUGGGAUAUCUCUGAUCCGAAAUGGAGAAAAGCUCCAGGCUCAGGACCAUCUCAUUGUGCAGGAAUAUUUGGACAAACCAUUCCUGCUGGAGGGAUACAAGUUUGAUUUGCGCAUCUACAUCCUGGUGACGUCCUGCGAUCCCCUGAGGAUAUUUUUAUAUAAUGACGGGCUGGUCAGGAUGGGCACCGAGAAGUAUCACCCCCCCUCAGAAUCUAAUCUGAACCAGCUGUACAUGCACCUUACCAACUACUCUGUCAACAAACACAACGAGAACUUUGAGCGGGACGAGACGGAGGAUCGAGGCAGCAAACGCUCCAUCCGGUGGUUCACUGAGUUUCUCCGUGCCAAUGACCACGAUGUGACCAAGUUUUGGAAUGACAUUUCUGAGUUAGUUGUGAAAACCCUAAUAGUAGCUGAACCACAUGUGCUCCACGCCUACCGGAUGUGCCGGCCCGGCCAACAGCCUGGAAGUAAUAGCGUUUGCUUUGAAGUGCUUGGCUUUGACAUCAUUCUGGACAGAAAGCUAAAGCCCUGGCUCCUGGAGAUCAACCGCGCUCCCAGCUUUGGAACAGACCAGAAGAUUGACUACGAUGUCAAGAAAGGAGUUUUGCUAAAUGCAUUAAAACUUCUGAACAUCAGAGCGAGCGAUAAAAAGAAAAACUUGGCCAAACAGAAAGCAGAGGCCCAGAAGAGGUUAUACGGUCAGGGGUCCAUGAAGAGGCUAUCACCGGGAUCUUCUGACUGGGAGAAACAGCGCCACACACUGGAGAGGAGGAAGGAAGAGCUGAAAGAACGGCUUGCCCAGGUCCGGAAACAAAUUUCUAAGGAGGAAUAUGAGAAUAGACACAUGGGAAACUACAGGCGUAUCUACCCACCUGAGGAUAAACUGCUGUUAGAAAAAUACGAGGGUCUUCUUACCACUGCCUUCCAGACAUUCCUUGCCGGCAGAGCAGCCUCCCUCCAGCGAGAGAUGAAUAAUCCUCUGAAAAGGAUGAAGGAAGAAGACAUCUUGGAUCUUCUAGAGCAAUGUGAGCUGGACGAUGAGAAGCUAUCUGGAAAAUCCACGCGGCAUCGAGAACCACGCACAUUGUCUUCUAUGCCGGAGUGUACACAGAUCUCGAAGAAGAAAAGCUACAGUAGUUCUAACAGCAGCAGCUCCGGUGGUGACAGCAGUUCUGACUCCGAGGAGGAGAAACUAGUGAAAGAGAAGAAAGUUUCCUACGACCUGGAUGAGCAGAAGUUCAAAUCAUUGGAGAGGUCCAGUAGAAUACAUUGCAAGCCUCCUAUUAAAUCGCGGCCAUUUACCUAUUCAUCUCCAUCCUCAUCGUCCACCCCGAUUAGGCGCUCUGUGAGCUGCCCGCGCUCCAUCACAGCACUUAACGCACAGUCUCCGCUCCUGGAGCAGCAGCGACCGCUCUCCUCUAAAGUAUCAGCACAAGUCUCAAGGCCGUCUUCAGGGAACCGGACCAACUCAUUGAAACGUAGCUCAUCGUCGCAUAGGGUGCCGCACACGGGGACCUGCAGCAGCAUGUACUCCACUCUGAACGAAACCGGGUUACAUCAUCUAUCAAAGGACCAAGAAGAGGAGCUGACCAGACAGACUCUGCAUGUUCUUCAGAAUAUGAGGAUUAGGUUCCCAGGGAGGAUGGACGAAGACGAAACAUGCGCCACUAUAGAUGAAAUUAUGGAGAAUUGGCGAUAUCACAAACCCAAGGUAGCCUCCUACUGGUUGAUAAAGCUGGAUUCUGUGAAACAGAGAAAGAUCUUGGACAUAGUGAGAACAAACAUCCGUUCGGUCCUUCAGCGCAUCUGGAAGGUGACUGAUGUGGAGUGUUUACACUUGUACCGGAGUUUUAAUCGCGUGUUUAAUCGUCUCCUGUGGAGUCACGGCCAGGGACUGUGGAGUUGCUUCUGCGAUUCCAGCACCUCGUGGGAGACGAUCUUCAGUAAAAGCACCGAGGUCGUGACACCCGAUCAGCUCCAGUGUUGUCAUCGGCUGGUCCAGCUCUGCAAAAACUGCCUGCUAGUGGUUUACAAAUAUGCAACAGAUCCACGAGGCUUGGCGGCGGGCAUCAGUCCAGAUGGGAACGACACAAGGUACUUACUGCCGGUGGUCCCUCAAUUCAGCAUCAAAAUGGCGUCUUCCAGCAUGGGCUCAUCCGGACUGCCUCGUUCCAGCUUUGUGUUUACCUCGCGACUCACGCAGUACUGAAGAACCCGGAAUGUUAUUGUUUU